UGGCCCAUGCGAGAUUCGGUCAUCGAGGGUUCGUUCUCUCCAUAUCGGCGCUUCUUUCUCCCUCUGCUUCUUCUUUCCUCCUCUUCUUCUCCUCUUCUUCUUUUUCUUCUUCCCUUCCUCCCCGUUACCACAAAUAGAUCAGCGUCGCGCGCGCCCACUCACGCGACGACCGAUCGCUAAGAUCGCAACCAUGGCGGAACACACCGUCUAUCUGCUCCAGCUCGAGAGCGAUGGGAGCCCGUCUGGGGAGAAGUCGUACAUCCGACUGCCCCCACCGGUCAAGCCUUAUGUGCUCCGGUUCACAGUCGAGGCCGGCAGUCUGGCUUCGCGCAGAGGCGUCCUCUGGACCAACUGCCCCCAGGCUGCCAAUGAGACAUUUGAUCGCGCAAAGUUCUACCCGCACGAACUGCCAAACAAUCUGAGCAAGCCAGCCAACAUCGACAUCAAGAUUACGCACGCAGGCGCCUUUGAGUUCUACGUCGAGCAUGCCGCGCCGCUCCAGCGGGUGCCGUACCCUACGCCAGCCCUGCCCGUCGCCCACGAUGGGCAGCGAGGAGACGACGAGGCAAAGCGCGUCCAGGGAAAGCACGGCUACUUCAAUGUGGACCCCAUCAUUCGCAUCACGCCCAGAGCAAGGAUCCUGGAUCCCAAGUCACUCGACAUCCUGCCCGUGGGCAAGGGCGGAAGCGUCCUCAAGGCCAAACAAGAGGCCCUGUCCCAGGACGCCCUUGUCCUCCAGACCUUUGUCGCAAAGUGGGCCGGCUCCCUCUCCGAGUGGGCCCCUCACCUGGAUGAAGCGACGGCGAGCGGAUACAACAUGCUUCAUUUCCCCCCACUCCAGGUUCGCGGCAGGAGCAACAGCCCUUACUCGAUUGCAGACCAGACCGACUUUGCAGCAGACCUCUUUGACGAAAAGGCCGGCAAGCACGCCACCAAGCAGCAGCGCUUUGAGACAAUGGCCGUCUGGCUCGAUCGCCUCAGGAGCCACUGGGGCUUGCUCAGCAUGGUCGACAUUGUCCUCAACCACACCUCCUUUGACAGCCACUGGCUCAAGGAACAUCCAGAGGCUGCGUACAACCCCGACAACUCGCCCCAUCUCACCCCUGCCGACGAGCUUGAUCGCGCCCUGUUCGAGUACUCGAACCGGCUUUCUUCCCUGGGCUUGCCCACCGAUCCCAAGAGCGAGGCCGACGCGGCCAAGAUCAUCGACGGCGUCAAGCAGCACGUCCUGCAGUCUCUCAAGCUCUGGGAGUUCUACGUCAUCGACGCAACAGGCCACAAGCAAGACUUCAAAAACGCGUGGGACUCAUUCAACAACAACGACGGCAGCAGCAGGAUGAUACACAGCCUCGGCGAAGACGAGUCGCUCCAGGGAAGGUCUGCCUCCGAGGCUGCUCCCCUCCUCAAGCGCCACGCACUCCGAAAUCACAUGGCGCUCGCAGACCGAUUCACCACCCACCUCGAUAUCCCCCUUUCGGUCUGCAUCAUGCGUAACCUUGUCGGUGAAGGCACGUCGAGCGACGAGGCGGCAGACGCCUUUGGAAAGGCCAUCGACGAGCUCAAUGUGCCCCUCUAUGCGACGUACGACGAUGACGUCAAGGCCAUCCUCAGCAACCUGAGCGGCAGACUCACUUACAUGCGUGUCGACGCAGGCGGACCCAAGGUCGGACCCAUCACAAAGGAGUCGCCCUUUUGCGAGCCCUACUUUACUCGCCUCGAUGCAGAGGACCCCGAGGUGGCUAAGCACCGGCACUCUGCGAAGAAGCUCUCCCUGGCCAACAAUGGCUGGAUCUGGGCCGCAGACCCACUCAUGGACUUUGCCUCGUCCAAAUCUCGCGUCUACCUCCGCCGUGAGGUCAUUGUCUGGGCCGACUGCGUGAAGCUGCGCUAUGGUCGCAAGCCGGCCGACUCGCCAUUCCUGUGGAAGCACAUGGAAGAAUACUGCUCGAGUCUGGCAAAGAUGUUCAACGGCGUUCGCAUCGACAACUGCCACUCGACGCCCAUCCACGUUGGCGAGCACUUUUUGGACGUGGCCAGAAAGGCCAACAAGGACUUGUACGUCUGCGCUGAGCUCUUUACCGGUAGCGCAGAGAUGGACGUCCACUUUGUCAAGCGCCUCGGCAUCAACAGCCUGAUUCGAGAGAUGGAGAAUGGCCACGACGCAAAGGAGGAGAGCAGGUUGCUCUACCGUUUCGGCGUCAACAAGCCCAUUGGAUCGAUGGAUGCUGCAUGUCUGUCCAAGGUAGAGGGCAACACGACCAUUGUUCCCCUCCAGGGUUCGUCGCCUCACGCCCUCUUCAUGGACCUUACGCACGACAACGAGACGCCGAGCAAGAAGCGCACGGCUCAGGACGCGAUCACCAUGGGUGCUCUCGUCAACUUUUCGUGGUCUGCCAUUGGCUCAACAAAGGGCUUCGACAACCUCUACCCGGAUCUGCUCAACAUUGUUAGCGAAAAGCGGCGCUAUGCGAUCCCGACGGUGGGCGAAAACGACGGCAUCACUUCCAUCAAGCGUCUUUUCAACCACUUGCACGUCGAGAUGGUGCACGACGGCUACUCGGAAGGGCACGUCCAUCAGGAAGGCUCGUACAUAAUGAUGCACCGCAUUCACCCGCAAACACACAAGGGAUACCUCGUCCUCGCCCACACGGCUUUCACAGGAAACGAGAGCGGAAGCAUCAACCCUGUCAAGCUUAACCGAACAAAGGUGCGCUACGUCAUGGGCGCCAGGCUGGACAUCACUUCGAACGAGUCGCCAAAGGACGAGAACCACGUUCGUGGUCUUCCCUCAAAGCUGGUCUCGCUGCCCGCUCCGGAAAUCAAAGAGGACGGCAAGGAGAGCGACGGCUCGCCGUUUGCUCAGAUCAACGUCGGCGCCUUGGCACCUGCCAGCGUCAUGCUCUUUGCCACCGACAUGGAGGGUCUCGGACCGGACCUAGACGCCCUGUGUCAAGAGGGCGCCGACAAGGCCUUCUCUGAGCUUGAUCUCGUCGACCUCAACGUGGUCCUUUACCGUGCAGAUGCCGAGGAGCGAGACAGCACCGAUGGCCAGGACGGCGUCUACUCCAUCCCUGACCUUGGUGCGAUGGUCUACUGCGGCACUGAGGGAUGGAUGCCGCACCUGGACGCCGUCAUGCGGAACAAUGACCUCGGUCACCCGCUCUGCGCCCAUCUUCGCAACGGCACCUGGGCCCUCGACUACAUCCACUCUCGUCUCGAAAAGCAGACGGCACAAUUCCCCCGGCUCGCUAAGCCCGCUGCGUGGUUCAAAGAGCGCUUUGAUCGCAUCAAGGAGACCGUGCCGUCGUUCAUGCGGCCAAAGUACUUUGCCCUCGUUGUCAAGACUGCCUCGGAUGCGGCAAAGAGGCGAGCGUUUGGCCAGAUGUCGGACUUUGUCAAGGAUGGCGACGAUUUUACAAAAUCGCUGGCUCUGACGGCGAUUCAGAUGAAUGGACAGGUGAAAUCCGCCAGCUUGUGGCCUGACCGGAGCAGUGCCUCCAUGGCGGCCGGACUGCCCUUCUUUGCCACGUCGUGGGCCCGGCUAUGGGGAAGAGACGUCUUCAUCUCGCUCCGAGGCCUGUACCUCACCACUGCCAUGCACGCCGCCGCACGCGAGCACAUUCUCUCGUUCGGCUCGACACUAUGGAACGGCCUUAUCCCCAACUUGCUCAACUCGACGCGCGCACCCCGGUACAACUGCCGCGACGGUCCCUGGUUCUACUCGCAGAACGUGCAAGACUACGUGACCAAGGUGCCGCAGGGCGAGAAGAUCUUGUCGGAAAAGGUCAAGAGACGAUUCUUGCCGUACGACUCAGAGUGGUACGACGUCGAAUCGCCACAGGCCUUUUCAAAGGAGAGCACCGUGGCAGAGCUGAUCCAGGAGAUCUUGCAGCAGCACGCGACGGGUAUUCACUUCAGGGAGCACGAUGCCGGGCCAAAGGUGGACAACGACAUGACUGACAAGGGCUUCAACAUUGACAUUGAUGUCGAUUGGGAGUCAGGGAUCAUCUUUGGCGGCAAUCCCAGCAACUGUGGGACGUGGCAGGACAAGAUGGGCUCGUCUGCAAAGGCUGGCAACAAGGGCGUGCCCGGCUCCUCGAGGGAGGGUGCCGCCGUGGAGAUCACUGGCCUGCUGAAGAGCACGCUGAGAUGGGUCGACUCGCUGGCUUCGAAGGGCGCAUGGCCUGCGAAGGGUGUCGAAAUCAAAGGUGGCAAGACGCUUACGUACAAGCAGUGGGGCGAUCUGCUGCAGUCUUCCUUUGAGAAAUCGUACUGGGUCCCACUGGACGCUAAAGAUGACGCCAAUUACAAGGUCGAUCCCAAGCUUGUCAACCGUCGCGGUAUCUACAAGGAUGUGUUUGGUUCCAGCAAGGGACGGGAAUGGUGCGAUUACCAGCUCCGGGCCAACUUCCCAAUGGCCAUGUGCGUCGCGCCUGAGCUCUUCGACAAGCAGCACGCCCAGACGGCCCUCCAGGCGGCCGAUGCCAUCCUUCGGGAUGUGCUCGGCAUGAAGACACUCGACCCAAGCGACUCGAAUUUCCACCCCGUCUACGACAACUCUGACGAUUCGAGCGACUAUUGGAUGGCAAAGGGCAUGUGCUACCACAAUGGCCCUCCGUGGGUGUUCCCAUUCGGCUUCUUCUUGCGUGCCCAUCUCCUCUUCUUCAACGAAGAGGACACCAAGGGGAAUGGAACUUUGGCGGCAGGAUGGAGAGCAAUGAGCAUGCUCAAGGAUCACCGAGCACAUAUCCGCACCAAUCCCUGGGCGGGCCUCCCGGAAUUGACAAACGCCGACGGCAGGGAGUGCAGAGACGCAUGCCCGACGCAGGCUUGGUCAGCCUCGACGAUCCUCGAUGCCCUGGAGCUCCUCUACCACCAGCAGCAAGCUUCCUCGAGCAAGUAAACGGGAAACGGACAUGCAAUUUGUUUCGAAUGGAGCAAGGAAAUUUGAUAUAGAAAACAUUCUGGAUCACUUCGAU